AUGGAAGCAGGAACUGGUGGUUGGCCGGGAGGGCAAGCAUGUUUACCAGCUGUACAACUAGCAUUAGAAGAUGUUAAUAAUGAUCAAAGUAUAUUGAAAGGGUACGAAGUUAAGCUUCAUCAUUAUAAUAGUAAAUGCAAGCCAGGAUUAGCCGCUAAACAAUUGUUUGAACUACUAUACAAUCCCCCUGUUAAGCUUAUUUUACUUUCUGGUUGCAGUCCAGUAACAACAGUUAUUGCAGAAGCUGCUCCAGUAUGGAAUCUUGUUGUUUUAUCAUAUGGAGCAUCAUCACCAGCAUUAUCAAAUCGUGCAAGAUUUCCAACAUUAUUUAGAACACAUCCAUCAGCAAAUAUGCAUAAUCCAACAAGAAUUAAAUUAUUUGAAAAAUUUAAAUGGAAAAGAAUAACAAUAUUACAAUCUGUUGAAGAAGUUUUUACAUCAACAGCAAAAGAUUUAGAAGAAGAAUGUAGAAAAAAAGAUAUUAGAGUUGAUAAACAAAGUUUUUAUGGUGACCCAACUGAUGCAAUAAAAACUCUUGUUCGUCAAGAUGCCAGAAUUAUUGUAGGAUUAUAUUAUGUAACAGAAGCAAGACGUGUUUUAUGUCAGGCUUAUAAACAUGGUUUAUAUGGUAGAAAAUAUGUCUGGUUUCUAAUUGGCUGGUAUGCUGAUACAUGGUAUCUACCAGUUCGAGAAGAACAAUUAAAUUGUACUGCCAAACAAAUGGAAGAAGCUGCCCAAUAUCAUUUCACAACUGAAAGUAUUAUGUUACGAAAAGACAACAAAAAAGCAAUAAGUGGAAUAACAGGGACUAAAUUUCUACAUAGAUUAAAGAAAGAACUAAAUACAAAUCCUGCUGAAACUGGAGGAUACCCUGAAGCACCACUUGCUUAUGAUGCUGUUUGGGCUCUUGCUUUAGCACUUAAUUGUACAUUAAAUAAUAUUGGUGAUUCAACACCAAUUGAAGAAUUUACAUAUAAUAAUACAAUUGUUGCUGGCCAAAUUUUUGACUGUGUUAAAAAUACACAAUUUCAGGGAGUAUCAGGAAAAGUAAUGUUUUCUGAAGCUGGUGAUCGUAUAGCUAGAACACAAAUAGAACAAAUGCAAAAUGGAAAAUACGUUAUAACAGGUUAUUAUGAUAUCACUAACAAUCAUCUUGAAUGGUUUGAUAAUGAAAAAUGGUACGGUAAAGGUCCUCCUGCUGACUCAACAAUUAUUAAAAGACAUCUAUUAAAGGUUAACUUUUUUUUAUACGCAAUUGUAUGUCUUAUUGCUAUAGCAGCAAUAGCAUUAUCAGUAUUUUUAUUUAUUUUUAACAAAGAAUAUAUUAAUCGUAGUAUAAUAAUACAAUCACAACCAAAAUGUAAUGAUCUCCUUAUAUUUGGUUGUAUUUUAUCUGCCGGAAGUUUAUUAUUAAUGGGUUUACCUUCAGGAAUUAUUAAUAUACCAAAUGAUUUUUUUCCUUCACUUUGUUAUGCCAAAGUAACAAUGUUAAUGAUUGGUUUUUCUUUUGCAUAUGGUAGUAUGUUUGCUAAAGUAUGGGUUGUUCAUAGAAUGGGAGUUAAUGAAAAUCAAAAAAUUGUUUUAAAUGAUGAUGAUAAAAGUGAAGCAAAUUGGCCUUGGUCUAACAUUCGUCUAUUGAUAACAUCAAUGCUCCAUACAACUGUGAGAAAAAUAUCUACUCAUACCAGCUUGAUACAAAGAAAGCAAAAUCAGCUUAAUCAGCCUAUUCCAAGUUUCAAAUUUCAAUCAAUUGUAGCAACAUUUGUUUUUAUUGAUUUUGUUCUUUUACUUAUAUGGAUAUUCAUAGAUCCAUUACAAAGAUAUGAACAAUAUUUUCAUUUAGAAAUUUCUGAAGAAGGAAAAAGAGAAGAUAUAAAAUAUCAACCUGUAUUAGAAUUAUGUCAAUCAAAAUAUCAUGAAAUUUGGAUAGCUUUAAUUUUAAGCUAUAAAUGUUUGUUACUUGUAUUUGGUCUUUUUAUGGCAUAUGAAUCAAGAAAUUUAAAACUUAGAUAUGUUAAUGAUUCACGUUUUGCUGGAAUGGCUAUAUAUAAUGUGGCAAUUUUAUCAUUGGUUACUGGUCCUGUUGUAUGCCUUCUUAUUAGAACUCAACCAAAUGCAAAUUUUGCUUUUAUUAGUGUAACAGUCCUUCUUUGUACUUUUAUCAGCUUAGGGUUAGUUUUUAUUCCAAAAAUACAAUAUGUUUGUCGAACACCGGCAGACCAUGAUGAACAUGAUUUUUUAUCUAUUAAAGGAAGUUUCCCUGAACAAAAAUUUUUUGAAUCUAUAUUAAAAGAAAAUUUAGAUUUAAGACGUCAAAUACAUAUUAAAGAAGAUAAAAUUCGUGAAUGUCAAAAUGUUUUGACACGAAGACGUAGGCAUAACUUAAAUUCAAUUGGUAGCACUGAAAAUAUUUCUUCAACUUGUUUUAAAUGUAUAGAUGAUUUUAGUAUCAAUAAAAUAUCAAAUGGUUCUUCAAAAACAAUUUCUGAAGGUUUUUUUCCAUCAUCAUCACCAACAACUUUCACAACAACAGCCUUAAUUGAAGCUCACAACAAUAUUUGUGGAGAUACAGAUAGUUCCAGUAAUUCAUGUGAAAUUAUAUUAUAA